AUGACCAACAAAGUCUCCUAUCCCGGUCUCAAAUGCGUUCUCGAGUACUUGGAGGCAAAUCGACGUAUCCACAUGACCGCCCGUAGCCCCGCCCUCCGAAGAAUCGAAAAAUCGAUACCUAUCCAUUUAGAAUUUCUAGAGAUUGAAGAAGAUAACAUUGAACUGAACGAUAUCGAGAUGACAUUGUGUUCCGGUAAUAAAAUAGAGUUCAAAAGGGGAGAAAAACGCUACGAAUGGGAUUAUCCAAUGGACCUGAAACACAAAAAAGCAGUGGAGAAGAUGAAUGAGUGUUAUUUGGGAGGAAGAAUGAAUAUUUACGCAGAUGAUUUGUGGUUUUCCAACAGACAAGUGGAUAGUUUUCCAAAAUUCAACGUGACAACUAAUGAACUGACCGUUUUUGAUUUUAUACUUGACGAUAUCGUCCAAUACAUCAAUCCAAACAGUUUCCCUCUGAAACAGCUGAAUAUCGAAUGUUAUGAUGAUUUCAACCAUCCACACAUUCGUUCGGCCAAUAGCCUUCAAAUUUUGGGAAUGGACGACGAUGAAAAACAUGAAAAUGCAGCUAAAAUCUUAUCGAUUCAAAACAAGAACGUAGAAUUGAGGUAUAUAGAGCUUGAAUUCGUGGAUGUUAUGGUUUUCAUCCAAUACUGGAUGGAAAACGGGAAGGAAGUCGGCACCACUUUCUCGUUCUAUGGCUAUCUCUGUGUUUCUGUUGACGGAAUUUUGACUCAAUUGAGAAACGAAUUCAACGAGAUUAUGAGUGAAUUGACCGGUGUUACUGAACAAAACCUCACGGGAACACCUGGCUUCUCCAUUCCACUUAACUCCUCAUCAAAAAUUCUUGUAUAUGGACGGAGAAAUUCAGAAGACAUUUCAAACGAAGAGAUUGUCUUGAAAGUUGUGAGCAGCCAAGCUGACGACAACAUGAUGGAAAUGAAGAACCAAUAA